AUGCCGUCCGCUCCCAACUCAAAGCGCAUCAAGGGGGUCUCUAUCUAUCGUCCAUUUGUCUAUGGCUCCAUCGCAACCCCCGUGAACCCGGACAAGAAGCCGCCGAAUCUCCCGCCGGACCACACGCACCAAUGGACCGUCUCUGUCAGGGGCGUCGGCGAGAACGAUAUAUCACACUUUAUAAAAAAGGUGCAGUUCAAGCUUCACGAUACCUAUGCCAAUCCCCUCCGGAUGAUCGAAUCCCCACCCUUCGAGGUGUCCGAAACCGGCUGGGGAGAGUUCGAGAUCCAGAUCAAGAUCUUCUUCGUCCCGGAAUGCACGGAAAAGGCGCAAACGCUCUUCCACUUCCUCAAGCUGCACCCAUACAUCGGUGACAAGGCCGAGCUCGAGCUUUCCAGGACGCAGCGCAGGCCCGUUCAGGCCUUCAUCUACGAUGAGAUCAUCUUCAACGAGCCAACAGAGGCCAUGUACGACCUCCUCACAAGCCGCGGCUCAGCACUCAUCCCGCCCCGGGCUCGAAAUGGAAGGGGAUGGGAGUUCACGGAGGAGUCAGAGGCCAGCGAGCUGGAUCGCCUGACGGAGGGUAUCAAGGUCGUCCAGGAGCAUAUCAAGAAGGCGAAGGAGACGCUUCUGGAGAAGGAGCGGCAGGUGGCGCAAAUCAAAGCGCAGUUGGAAAAGAAAUGA